AUGGUCACCGCAAUUUCUGCUCCGGUCCUUCUGGACUCUAAGCUCUCAACGAUGCUGAGGUCGGAAGCGGAGCCGGUGCCAUCCAUCACCUUCGACCCGGCUCGUCACAUGGCAUUCCAGCCUCCAGAGUCGGUCAUCACCUUGCGAGAACUGCUGCUCUCCGAGGAAAAUGCCUGCUCGCCCGUCGCCAUCACCAAGCCGUUUCCCCUCUUCAGCCUCGAGGGCGUCGUCGAGAUGCGCAAGGAUGUCUUCCGGGAGUCCGUUGUCCGCAAGCACGGCCAGAAAAUCAAAUCCGGCACGUACAAGAUGCGAGGCUAUUCGCAAGACACACCCUUCGUUGACGCCGUGUGGCGCAGCCCCGAGGUCAUCGCCGCCUGCUCCCAGGCCGCAGGCAUUGACUUGCAGGUCAUGUUCGACUACGAGAUCGGACAUGUCAACGUCCAGCUGGAUGAGUUGGCUGGCAAGGAAAAUCUGUGGGAUGUCCUUCCACCGCCUUAUCCACCCAAGAAUGCCAACCUGGUGGAUAGGGCUUCGAUCCCCAACGAGAAGGAGCAACUGUCCUCGGUUCGUAACUGGCACGUGGACUCGUAUCCAUGGGUGUGCGUGUGUAUGCUCUCGGACCCCGCGGGGAUGGUGGGGGGUGAGACGGGACUGGAAAAGGGGGACGGCUCCGUCAUCAAGAUGCUCGGUCCCGGGAUCGGUUGGGCUGUGAUGAUGCAGGGAGGGUGCAUCAACCAUAUCGCCCUGAGGGCGUUUGGGGCCACAGAGCGAAUCACCAUGGUCACCUCUUUCAAAGCGAAGGAUCCCCUGGCCCCAGACCCGAGCACUUUGUUCAUCACCAACAGGAGCAGCCGCUUGGAGGAGCUUUACCUGCAGUGGACCGUCUAUCGCAUGGACGUGUUGGCUGCUCGAGCCAAAGAUAUCAGGGACAGGAUCGAGAAGGGGAAUCUGACCGCGGACGAGAUCAAGGAACGUAUGAGGGCUUGGGUUGAGAUGCAGACCAAAUACCUCGAGAUCACCUGCCGUGAGAUGGACGAAGGUGUCCCGUACGGCAUCACCACGGACCUGCCUUGA